AGGCUAAAGUGUUAUUCAGAAAAUAUCUCUCUCCCUAUCUCUCUCAGGCAGCUUGUAGAGGAUGGCAACGCUCGUGUUCCACAAUGUAGUCCUCAAGGACUCCCCUCUCGCCAAUUCUAAGAGACACCAGCUUCGAUUUUCUUCAGCAGCACGGAGAAGUCUCCUUCCUGCAGCAUCUAGGAAAUAUGCGCAGCAUCAACAUGCAUGCCUGUCAUUCAGAAUAAAUGCAACUAGUAACUUGUCAGAUAGUCAGGAAGAACUCAAAGAUGAUGUAGAUGAAGCUUGUGAACUAGUAAAAGGCGUUGAGCUUUGUUUAGGAGAAAAUGAUGACAUAUUUCAUGCUUAUUUGUUGGAGGCAGUUAAAAACAAUAAAGGGAGAGGUAUCCUACUUCUUAGUGAUAUAUUCGGUUUUCAAGAUACAUCGACAAGAGACUUCGCAUAUCGUGUUGCCUGCAGCGGAUACAAUGUCCUGGUGCCAGACCUGUUUCGUGGUGACCCCUGGGACAAAGGAAGACCCCAAGCAGAGUUAGAAGAAUGGAUUCACAAGCAGUCAACAGACAGACUUGCAAAAGAUGUGAACACUUGCAUAAAAUGGAUGAUUGACGAGUUUACAGCCGCAGGGCAGCCAUCUGAGAAGCUUGGCAUUGUUGGCUUCUGCUUUGGUGGUGGAUGGUUGUUGAAGACUUUGGCCAAUGACAGACAAGGGAACUUCGCCGCUGGUGUCUGCUUCUAUGGAACUAGACUGAAUUCAACUCUGGCUGCUGAUGUGAAGGUUCCUGUGCUCUUCAUUGCAGGUGACAAGGAUCCAUUGUGCCCUACGUCUGUACUGAUGGAUAUAAGGAGAAGCCUUCCUGGAUCCCGAACAGUCAUAUACCCAGGGCGAGGUCAUGGAUUCGCUCAUCGGCCCGAAUCCGCGGAGGAAGAUGAAGAUGCAGAAAAGGCCUUCAUUCUGAUGAGAAAUUGGCUGCAUGAUGAGUUGUUGAGGAAGAACAAUUGAUUUCGCAAAUUGAGAUUGCCUUUCUGUAUCAUAUAUUAUAUAAACCUGUAGGGUAGUUUCCUUCAAACUCUUCAACAAAAACAGAGCUGAUCUAAAUUGCCAUAACGUGAUCAUCCUGAAAAUAAAUUGGAUGGGCACACCGCAUGGAAAGCGUGAAAGCGACCAUUUUCA